CCACGCGCGUGUGUAUGAGUGUCGCUGCGGCUCCUCCCGCAUGCGCUCAAAACGAAACGGGAGCUGUAUCGCUCGCACGCGCAACUCGCCUUUCCUUAACCACGUCCCCGCGCGAAACCGGCUCAGCGCAGCGCACGAGAACGCGAGCCGCGGAGGCACGGGUGGGGGCGCGCAAACGCGCGUCCACGCACCCGUGGUGGUGGUGGUGGGGGGGUCUCGGUGGAGUUUCUCGGGGAAAACGAAGCGGAAGUACUCGUGAGUGUUGCAGAGACGGUGCACGGCGAGCGCACGGUGCGAGACGCGUGCGUAUGCUUUCCUUUUUUCUUUCCGCCUGGAUGGGACAUGUUGAGUGCAGGAUUGUGCGAUGUGAAGGUAGCUUCUUGGAUUACACACGAGUGACUUUCGUGACUGCUGAAUGAGCUGAUGUGGUGGUGAUUGUUCUGGGUCUCUCCAUCAAGCCCCUGACACACACACACCCACACACACAAACACACACACACUUGUUUCCUGUCUGGUUUCCCGGCACCAGCAUGGCAGACAUGAACUUUACCACGAUUCCGUACGUGUCCGAGAACCAGGCGUUGAAUUACACGCGCGGCUGCUCGCUGACCAAAACCGCUUUCCAGUUCUACUACCUGCCUACAGUCUACAUCAUCGUCUUCAUCACCGGCUUCAUUGGGAACAGCCUGGCCAUAUGGAUGUUUGUGUGCCACAUGAGACCGUGGAGCAGCAUUUCGGUGUACAUGUUCAACCUGGCACUGGCGGACUUCUGCUACGUGCUCUCGCUUCCUUUCCUCAUCUUCUACUACUUCAACAAAACCGACUGGAUCUUCGGCGAUGUCAUGUGCCGCCUGCAGCGCUUUAUCUUCCAUGUCAACCUCUAUGGGAGCAUCCUGUUCCUGACAUGCAUCAGUGUGCACCGUUAUUCCGGUGUCGUUCACCCUCUCAAGUCUCUCGGGAGGCUCAAUAAGAAGGACGCGGUGCGCACCAGCGCCUUGGUGUGGUUCGUGGUGAUCGCCGGGAUCUCGCCGAUCCUUUACUACUCGCGCACGGGACCCAAACGCAACGUCACGACCUGCUACGACACGACCACCGAGGACGAGCUCUCGGGUUACUUCGUCUACAGCAUGUGCAUGACCGUGUUCGGAUUCUGCGUGCCCUUCGUGGUCAUCUUUGGCUGCUACGGGUUCAUCGUCAAAGCGCUCAUUUACAACGAUAUGGACAACGCGCCACUCCGCAAGAAAUCCAUCCACCUGGUCAUCAUCGUGCUCGCCGUCUUUGCCGUCUCCUACCUGCCCUUCCACGUCAUGAAGAACCUCAACAUGCGAGCCCGGCUCUACUUCCAGAGCCCUGAGAUGUGCGAGUUCAACAACAGGGUCUACGCCACCUACCAGGUCACCCGGGGUUUAGCCAGCCUCAACAGCUGCGUAGAUCCCAUCCUCUACUUUUUAGCCGGGGACACAUUUCGACGGCGGCUCUCCAGGGUCACAAGGAAAAAUUCCAGGAAGGGUGAAGUCGUGCUGCAAUCCAAGAGCGAGGAAACCGCUCUAAACAGCCUGCCGGAGUAUGGCGAGAACGGGAGCAGACCGCUCUGAGGAUUCAGGAACUUUUUUCCACUGUGCACUGACUUUUUACAAAAAAAAAGCACUGAUCGUAUCAAAAAAAUGUGAUGCUAAAAAAUUCAUGAACACUAUUGAAUAUCAAGCCGUAAGCCAGUGACUGGACAUUCCGUACACGUGGAAUAACAGGAUUCAUGUACGUGAUUUGAUGUGACACGUACUGUAUAUAAUCGUUGUUCUCACUGUAAUUGCUUAUCAUGUGAAUAUGCAUUCAUUGUACUGUACUAUCAGUAUUGUCAGUAUUAUUCGAACUGCACCCUCGCGAUGGACGAACCAUCCGAUCAAUGCUCAGUCCACAGGUUAGAUUAGACAAGCGAGCGGUGCUCUGUAUUAUCCGAGUGCAACACAAUUAAAAGAAGUACUAUGACCCGAGGCCGUCUAUAUUUCCUCCUCGAUUGAAAGAGAAGACGAGAAGACGUCAACUGCGAAAUGGUUUUGAAUAAAUAAAAAACAAGACGUGGUAAAUGGAGGACUUGCUUCCACAAUCCGUCUCUCAGUCCCUGUGGACGAUCCGUUAUUUCUCGCCGAUAAACAAAGCUGCGUUGUAGUUUUUCCGAAGGUAAAAUCUUAUCCAGGAUUCGCCCCCUCUGGCUCAUGAAUAUGCUCCAAAAAAAACAGUAGACAAACAGAUAUGAAAAAUCGAACACUCACAAGACUCGUCAUACAAAUUUAGCACCUGUAUUUGUUUUAUUAGUUUUAGAAGUUCCAGAAGGCGUUCUCAUGAGCAAAACCACGUGAUUGCGUCGAUUCCACAGAAAAUUAAUUCCUACUAGAUAAAGACGUUUUGCCUGUUGGGCCUGAAAUUGAGCCGAAAUCGACCCAAAACUUGUUUUUAUCAGCACCUGCAUGGACACUUAUUCCAGAUGCUGAGAAUAUGCAAAUUAGCAAUCCAAAUGUAGAAUUAGACAGAAAAUCAAUGCAAUCCAGUGCAUUAAGUAUCAAAAGUAUAAAUACAAUUGAUAAAUAAACGGAAUAUGAUCGCUAUUCGAUGCUGUCUGGUGAAAUGACCCUCGUUUUUGCAUAUUUGUUUUAAAGGUUUUUCCAAGAAGAGUUAACACUGUUUGAGGAAAAACCUAUGUGGGUGUAAAUGAAAGUGUGCAAACAUGGCUCUUACUGAAAGUAGCUGAAGCAGUUCGGUUCUCCCGGUUCUUCAGACUUCCCAAAAACAUUAAUAGAUGUAAAUUAAGGUCUGGAUGGGAAUGUCAAUGAGAAUGUGAAUAUGAAUGUGGAACCCUGACCAGGAUGAAUCUUACUCUUACUGAAGAUGGCUGAACCAGGUAUUAGAAUACAAUCACAAUCUGAGAAUCCAGGCGAAACCAGAUCAAGCGAUUUUGGAUAUCGCGCCAUAGUCUUGCCAAACCUCAUUAUACGAAUACCAUAAAUGCCACAGAACAUGCAGAUCGGAAUGCUUUGAACUUAAAAAACUGCAGGAAGCAAAUCCGGUCCUGACUCGCCCGAUGCCUGGCGAAUAAACGGCCGGGGUUAAUUCGGAGAACAGUGAUAGCUGGUGGCAGUUAGAUUUCCAAUCUAUUAAUCCUCGAGCUCACGUAUGGCCACGAUUAUAGAGUGUUUUUUAAAGGACCGGGUUUGUCUUCAAAGUGCGUAUUAAUAUGCAAAUUAGCUCGUGGAGGAUUUUGCUCAUAAAAGUGAAGCGAAGCGUGAAAUUUAUCAGCCUGCUUUCCUGAGGCUGAGAAAAAAUUUCCAUUAUCUUUAACCAAAAAAAGCUCUGCAUCACAGGCACGAGGUGAAAGACACGCGUCCUUGUAUUCUGGCUUAAUUCGAUCAGACUUUUGCAUAAUAGCGCAAAGGCAACACGAGCUAUUCUUUUAAAUCUGGACCUUUCAUUCGAAACGCUCUUACAGACAGACGAUCUUUCGCAACGGGGAUUUGGACAUUUCAUCACAACAUUUGCUGGAUGAGUCGUUCUCAGGAGUGGAUAUAAAUAGUAGGCUGCAAAAGUUUGCGCACCCUGCAUGCAUAUCGUGUUUUAGAUUUCCGUCGAUCUCUACUGUUACUGUAAUGAUGUAAUAAUAAUAUGAUCUUAAAGCUCAUCUAAUGCUCAUCUUCAGUAUUUUGUAUUUUUGGUUUUUUCUUUUAAAAGUUGAAACUUAUAUUAACUCAAUACAAGUCCCUGCACUGCUUUCGUGAAAAAUAAACAGCAAAUUGCAAACAAA